CUCCUGUGUGGAUGAGUCCGUUUCUGAACUCGCGUUCGAGGCACACGAAAUGCCCCUCUCCCGCUGACCAUGCAACAUUUUCGGUGUUUGACAAACGCCUGCACAGCUUGGGACAUCACUGCUCGUCCCCCAAGGCCUUUGGCGCCGCGCAUGCAGAGGUCCCCAGGGAGGCCACGGCCACCAGAAGACCCCUAGAGCAGCUCGCGGGAGAGCCAUGCCCGAAGACCCUCGGGGCAAGCUGCUCCCCUGCGGGCUGCGCUCACACCGCAGCUGCCACGACGGGGGCGGGGGGCCGGCGGCGGCAGCGGGGCGCCCCGGGCCCAGCCGGCGGGCAGCGGCGGGGCAGGCGGCAGCGCCUGCGCGCCCCCCGGCCGCCGCGGGGCCGCGCCGGGCGCUGGGGCGGGGUCUGCGGGCGCCGACGGGGCGGCGGCGGCGGGCGCCACGUCGGCAGCGGCGAAAGGCGGCGGAGUAAAGUCUGCAGCGGGCUGCUGGGCCGCGCUGAGCCGCGGGGUGUACGCAGGAUAUCUUUGUGGAAACAGCUCCCUCACGAAGGAAUACACUUGGCAAUAAUGAAUCAAACGGACAAAAAUCAACAGGAACUCCCAUCGUACCUCCAUGAUGAACCACCAGAAGGUUCAUUAAAAGACCACCCACAGCAGCAGCCUGGCAUGCUUUCUCGGGUGACUGGUGGCCUCUUCAGUGUAACAAAAGGAGCUGUUGGUGCCACGAUUGGGGGUGUUGCUUGGAUUGGAGGGAAGAGCUUGGAAAUUACCAAAACAGCAGUCACAUCUGUGCCUUCAAUGGGAGUGGGGAUAGUCAAAGGAGGUGUUUCUGCAGUGGCUGGAGGCGUUACAGCUGUAGGAUCUGCCGUUGCAAGUAAAGUGCCUUUAACAGGGAAGAAAAAGGAUAAGUCUGACUAAAACCAAAACUGAGACAUACUUGAUUUUUGAGAAUAUUACGUCGGUGGUGUUGAAAUCUGCUAAGAUUUGGACCACGAGAAGCCAUGUGUCUUAGACAUCUAUCUUCUAAAGAGCUGUGCAAGUAACUUGAUUUCCUCUGAAAAGGACAGACGAAGCUUGGCUAGCGUGGUGUAUGAAGAUUUAUUAGAAGCUAGAUUCAAGCUUUAUAUCUGGUGAAAUGUUACACUUGAUAACUGUAGAAGCAAGUAUGUGUAUCUGAAGGGGUAAUACAUAUUUGAAUAUUCACUUACUGUAAGUCUCUUGCAGUUUUGGACUAAAAUGUGAACACAUAAAUUUAAUUUGGUAAACUGCAGUACCAUAAAUAUGAGAUGCCAAUUACUGUUCUCAGUGGUUUCCACAUCUUCCUCCUAAGGAUCUUUGAACUGUGUAAUGGCAUCGUUGGAUGUGCCUAAGUAGUUUCACUUAUGAAACUGUAUUUGCAGGCAGCCUGUAAACUAUCCAUGAGUGCAUUCUGCCACUGUGGACUGGAAACAAAUAGUACUGGAGGGAUGCAGAAAUUGGAAAUGGAAGUGGGAGACAGGAGGUGAGAAAGCUUGAUGACGUGGUAGAGGGGGAUCAUAAAGAGCAAACUAAUUCAAUUGUUAAUAAUUUUUUUUUCCAAUAAGGCAUUAAGUGAAGCUGUUUAAAGAACUGUCUUGUCAUUUCAGUACAGUUCGCAGAACAAGCUUAGGCUCUUUAUGACCAGAAAUUUAGUCAGCUUUUACUGCAAACAAGAUUGCUAAAUCUCAGGUGUAUUUAAUGAUACACAUCUGUCUCCUGCAAGUGAAAACUUGCUGCUUCUAAUAAACUUCUUAUAGACACUAGAAAAAAAUGAUGGCUUAAUUGAAACUGGGCUGUUUGUGGUCAUCUAGCACUAUAAUACGACAACUGUGUAACUUGAAAGAAAAUCCUUUAUGUAGUUGGGAACCACUGAAGAACUAGCAAAGUUGUUGUCUUAACUUCAUGAUGUGUCAGGUUAGCUUCUUGCUCUGGCUAGAGGCUUCUUGUUUCUAGCUUCUCAUUUAAACAAAUGUAACAAAUUUUUUCACUACAUCUGUAUCUCAUACUUUACAUUUUGAUUUUGAUAAAUUUAACACUUUUAAUAAAAAAAGACAAAUGAGGCCUUACAGGAAAAUAAGAAUGAGAAACGUUAUGCAGGUAAUGCUGACAGAUUCCAAACUUUGAUAUACCUCAUCUGGGAGCAUUUGUAGGCCCUCCCCAGAGUGGAGCAAAACACACUUGUAAGAGACAGCUCAAAGUUGCCUUAAAAUAGAAGCUGUCUGUGAUCUUUGUGCUGACUUUGCAAAUAAGUAACUUGUUUGGAAGCCCAUAACACAUGACUGAAGAUUCGUGUGAACAUUCUGUAUGCAGUAUUUUCUGUAAACUUGUGUUCCUACAGAAAAUUUCUAAGCAUGUAAGCUUUUUCAGUGGCUAUGGUUAUACAAGAAGGAUAUAUAUAGGGUGGUUUGGGGUUUUUUGGGGGGUUGGUUGUGUGUUUUUAGAAAUUAAAGAAAUCAAAAUAUAUUACUUGUCUAAAACUUACUCCUAUUCAUGGAUGUUGAAAGUAAACUGUGUAAGUUAUGGUACAGUAGUCACUUAGUCUUUCUGAGCCAUUGGUACUUUAACUGCAGUCUGGAACAACUUUCUUUAUUUGAUUAUUAGUAAUUGUUUAUGUUUAACACAGUAUUUUAAAGCAAGGUGAGUUGGUGGUGGGAAGAAAAGACCAAAAAACCCAAUAAAUGGAAUUAAUAUGUUCCUUUGUUGGUUGCACCAGAUGCUUAGCUCCAUUCUGCUGCAAGUGUAUAAUGGAGUAAAAGAAGUCUAUGCAAUACAUGCAGACUUACUGUUUUUAUUGUUAAAGGCUAAUAAUAUGGAAUACAGUGUAGCUUAGAGAUAUCAGUUAGCUAUAGAAAUGAGCUAGCUUUGACACCAGAAACAGUUUAGCUGCAGCAAGUAAUUUAGUAUGCUCUGCUCCCCUGCAGUUCUCAAUGUAGAUGUAUUCAGAGUGCUACUGCUGUACUACAGUGUCAGCUGUUUCAGAGCAUAAUGAUAUUUGUGACAUUCAACCAAACCCUUCCUAAUCACUUUUCGAAAACUUAAAUGUUGAACGGAUCAUACCUCUUUUUUUAUGACAUCCUCUAAUUUUUAUACUAUGAAGCUUGCAGCAAAACAAGUGUGGUCUGAGAUGCAUAAUGUUAGAACUGUAAAAAGCUACUUCAUUAUGUUUUGUUCUUAACAUAUCCUGUACUCAUUACCUCUGAAUCUUGUAACUGAAAUGCUUUAAUAUGGCAUAUGGUUUUAGUUUUAGAGAAGAGCUUUGUCCUAUACGCUGCGUAUUUUCCAUUCACAUAUGAAACUCACUUCUUUUUAAAAUAUGUUCUGAUUCUGUCCUGACACUUGUGAAACAUUAAAUUGUUGCUGUUUCAGA